AAUUGCCACAAAAUGUCGACCGAUGUCCAAGCCGCCGUCGCACGGCCGGAUUGCACUCAUCGUGCCAACUUCGAUCACAGCGAUGCCGAGAGCAGCCAUACAGACCAAGCAACAUGCAUCGACCUCACGGAAGACGACGGAACUGCCGCGUUGCCAGCGUUCCUUUGGCAGGACAAAACCGUUCGCCGAGUCCCCGAAGGAUGGGAGUUUCCAGCGUAUCCAAUGGACGAGAUGUGGUUCAUGUGGUUCCUUGGAGACGUGGACGACGAUUUCCGUGUGAUUUCCCCCUUCCGGUUGCUUUCAAGCGACGACUUCGACGAUGCCGAAUCCCAGCUUCGACUGGUGACGACCCAGCAACGCAUGUCCCAACUCAUGGAGGUCUUGCCUACGAUCACGGAACGAGUCACGACGGGCGACGACCUCGCGGCUCUCGCCCGGAAGGACGUGGCCACGUUUGAAGCGCUUUACACUCGGGCAUGUAGUGCUGUCGAUGGAGAAGCCACCAAAUCAUCCACCUCAUUCAUGGGUUCAAACACUCGAACGACCACCGAGGCCGAUUUCGACGCAUCUUCCAAUCAACUAACUAGAACGAGCGCCGCUCUGCCGCCAACAUGUAGUCCACCUUACGACCCACAAACUCCUCCAUCACCCUCGCAACAACAACACAGCCAACCCACGACAGCAUACACGAAGGCCGCGCACACUCGUAGCUCUGCUCCGCAUUUGUCAUGCACUUCUGCUUCUGUCAAAGCCCUAGUGCCAGACUCGGCGUCCCCUUCUUUGCAUCAACCAGUGCCGGAUGUCGAUGCUACCGUGCUGGCUGCUUCUGGCAACAUUCGUGCAUCAAGCUCGGCAGUGCUAGACAUUCCAAGCCUAACCACAUCGUUGCCCCAUCUAUCGGUCACUCCACCAACCACUAGAACACUACGCACGGAACCUUCCCAAUCACUUGGAUCUAGCCCGCUCUAUCAUGCCAAGAAUCGACCCACAGUCAUGGUAAUGGCGGCGGCAUCGGGUUUGUCUGCUGGUUCGGAUGAAGGCGCCGUAUCUACCGCAAUGCCUUGCCGUGAGAUGUGGAGACGUUGGUUUGUAGGCCACGGCGCCUGUGGUCCCCCCUUGCGUGACAUGUCUUGUCAAGAAGCUGGCCUGAGUGCGCUCAGCUACCAAAUCGUGCACAACACCAUGCAAUGGCUCUCGUAUUUGGCCUCGCUUUCCCCUUGUACCCCCAAAGACGAUGAGAGUAUUUCUGCCUCGAUCGAUGACGUGGACGCCAGGUAUGACUCGGCUAUCCACCGGGCACCGUCCGACCUCUCGACCGCCACAGUUUACCAAGUCUACCACGUGCUAGCCAAGUCCAUCGUUCGACAACACAUGCAAGGGAAUGGUAGUACUAGUACUAGUAGUACUACUAGGUUGCCCACGUUCGACACGUUUCCAUUGCUGUCGCUGGCCCAAGUCUGGCUCCGAUGGUUUCAUCCUAUCAGUCGUUCGAUGGCAUAUGGCCGGCGCCGUGCGUGGGAAGCGUCGGCAGUCUCCACAGACCGACUGCAUCAUGCCCAAACCAUCGUGGACGCGCUUGUGGCCAUCGCGAUCGAGUAUCGGUAUACGUCUAGCGUCGGCGACUUGGAGGCCAAGACGGACGCCCAGCUCAUGGAGAUUUUGUCGGACGUGUUUGCAACGUUUCAAAGCCGGUGUUUGAUCAAGCGACGAGGACGCCGCCCAUCCAUCAACUCCAAAGUUACAGCGUUGUACUUCGCCAUGAAACGAGAAGACGCGAGGCCGCCCAAGCGCCGCAUGUUGUCGGACGGGUCGGACGACAGCUAAACAUACCCAUGCCAUGAUCGCAUGUGUAUGUGGGUGGGAAGGGAGCGAUAUGGCGGUUGUGGAAGCGAAGUGUUUGGGAUAUUUGAAAAAGCAUGGCAGUGAAUUAACUUGAACAAAUCGCAUCGCAUAAAGGGAUUUAUGUUUCCCUCAUUAAAACAGGAAGGAUGAGCCUGGAUGUAAAAAAAGGCCAAG